AUGGUGGUUUUAUUAGAUAGUCAAAAACCCUUACGAGAAAUGAGGUUAAAACGCUUUUGGUCGUCUGGAAAAUCCUCAAGCUCUUCGCAAUGCGAGCAGGGGUUUGCGGAUAGUUCUAUAGAAGAAACCAAAGUAACGUCAAACACGUUGCCAUUGUUGCAGGUUUGGCCAAGCGCAGACUCUCCGAGAGGUGAAGCAGAUGGUCAAAGUUUCGUCUUUCCGGAUUAUGCAGAGGACAACAUCUCCCAGAAUUCAACCUUCGAAAUUAAUAACCAUAACGAUUCGGGCAUCGAUUCCACUCAGAUUUCUCCCUCGCCGUUCGCUUGCGGUUCCACGGUUUCUCCAUUACCAUCUCCGACACCCAGUCUUCGUAGGCCAAGUAGUGCAACGUUAUUACAUCCGGAUCACGCGAGAAUUUUACGAUUACACCCGCUGUCGUCACCAGAACAAACUUCGAUAGAAGACGUUUCGGAAGCCCAAAAUGGUCCCGCAAUAUCGGCUUCUUCAAGCACAUCCUCGCUGGCAUCAGUAGCUGCCGCUGUUGCUUAUGUUGGUUCGCGGACAAGUGACUCUAGUGACAGUAGACGAAGAUCCUCAAUCCUAACCGCCCGUUAUUCCUUAUUCGACGCUCUUGAUUUGGAAUACGCACUACUACGUGCGGCGGCAAGGGGCAGCGUCGGCCCCUACUCCCUUAGUGAAAGCUUACACAAGCUGACCUUCACCCAAAGUUUAGCCUUUCCAGCGCUAGCGCGCGGUUUGGCCAGCAAGGGUCGACGUACAAGACAGAGCAGCACUAGAAGACCCCUGCAUCCGAGAGAAAGUGGUCUAAAUGUAUUCGCGAAAGUGGUGACCGCGUUGGUUUUGGUUCUCGUAAGUAUUUUAGUAUUUGCGGUCGUUUACAAAUUCGUAAGGACGUGAGGAAUACUUCUUCCCCCUGUGGGGGCAAAUUAUUCGAUUAUAUCAAGUGGAAAUGUGUCUGCAGCGUUUACAGGGUAAGUCCGUGGAAAGCUGUACGAAGAGAUGAUUCAAUCGAAAAAUGGUUGUGAUACUACGGAAUUGAUAACAUGAAGUUAUUAAUCAAAUCUUUAACAUUGUUGAGUCAAACUAGAUGAAUACAAAAAAGCUUUAACACAAAACCUAUCAUUUUUAUACUGUUCGCAUUGUGCAUUCCAUUUCUUUUAUUAUUAGUUUUUUAUUUGAAUUUGAAUGUCAAUUAUUCAGUAACGGAUAGUAAUCCCAAACACUAGAAUUCACUAUGUAGCUCAAUCCAAGAGUGGGAGGACAAUUGUGCGUAGACCAGAAUAGCUUGCCAUUGUGCAUUUCUUUGAUUUCAUAUUGUUCUUAAGCAUGUAUUAUAGAAUGGAGUCAUCUGGAAGGUAAUUUGGACGGUUGAACAGAAUUUAGAACACAUAAUAGUAAUCGUGAGUAGGAUUUUCCUAAGUUUGCACGCACGUUUUCGGUGUAUUACAACUGAAUUAGGUUUGUUUGCAUAGUAUCUACAAUCAAUAGAACAGAAUAAAUUUGUAGGAAACCAUACUAACAUGCGCUACAUUGCUACUAUGUAAACAUACCUAAUGCAAAUGUAAUACACCGAUGACGUGCGUGCAAAAAAAUACACAAUUUUCCAAUGUCAUAAGGAAACAGGGUGGUUUUUUCUUCAAUAUGGAUUCAAGCGAUCGACCUACACUAACGGAAUUUAAAAAAACCUUUUUCCGUUUUCAAAUCAUAACAGUGGCGUACGGACACACAA